AUGGCGUGCCAGCAGCCCACGACAGCGGCUACGGCAGCUCCUCCGCCCAUCAAGAUUACUGGUGCACCUCCUGCCCGCCCCCUCUCCUGGGCCAAUAUCGCCCUGAUAGGCGGCGUAGCGUCAUGCUCUGCUGAAGCCCUCACCUACCCCCUCGAUUGGGCCAAGACGAGGCAGCAGCUGCACUACAACACUGGGGGCAAAUGGCUGGGGCUGGGCGAGGCGGUGCGGCAGGGAGUGAGACAAGGCGGGCUGCGCGUGGUGUUCUCGGGCAUGGAGGCGGCGCUGCUGCGCCAGGCCAUCUACGGCACACUCAAGAUCACCCUCUACGAGACCUUCAAAGCGCGCUUCGGUCCCGGCCACACCACCAAAGGCUCCAAGCCAUCGAUGGCCGUAUCGGUCCUCUCUGGCGCGGCGGCGGGAGGGCUCUCGGCGGCGGUGGCCAGCCCGACCGACCUCAUCAAGGUGCGAAUGCAGGGCGAGGGCAUGAUGCAGGAGCGACGGGCCUAUCCGUCGCUGCCCUCGGCCGUGACCACCAUCAUUCGCAAGGAGGGCCUGACGGGCCUCUACAAGGGCUGGAUACCAACUGCGCAACGGGCGGUCAUGAUUGGUAUUCUCACACUUCCCACGUACGACUUGGCCAAGCGAGUGCUGAUAACGCACUGCGCGCGAGAGGACGGAGUGGGGACCCACUUCCUCGCGAGCUUCUUCAGCGGAAGAUCGCAACCGAUCGACGUCAUCAAGUCGCGGAUCAUGCACCAGCCACUCCAGCGCGUGGGCGACCGCAUGACCGGCACCCUCUACGCCAAUUCGUUCGAUUGUCUGCUCAAGACCACCAGGCAGGAGGGCGUGUUGGCCCUGUGGAAGGGGACCCUGCCAACGUUCAUGCGGAGCGGCCCGUGGUUGGUCGUCUUCUGGUGCUGCUACGAGCAACUCAAAGGCAUUGCUCUCGCCUCUCGAGCGUGA